ACGCAGGGCUAAUCUCAUGUCGACUUACAAUGCAAUCAUACACAAGCAGUCGCAAUGAUAGCGUACUAUGUACUACCCAUACUCAUGCGGUCUUCGUUAAUCUCGAGGUUCGCAUUGGACACUCAAGUGUCAGCUGACACGCGCCUUGAGGGAUUGAUCUCUCGACGCCAAAGCGGAUCUGCAGCAAGUCCAGACCCUGCUGCUGCUGCUGCUGCUGCAGCGGCAAGUGGUGGUGCAGGGACUUCUGGAACUGUUGCAGCCCCGGGUCCGGACCCAGCAAUGGUUGGGCCGGGCAACAACUUUGCUUACCUCGACAGGAAGGCGGCAGAAAUUUCGUCCAAGUAUGACGGAAAAGACGACGUCGAGUCAUGGAUCAACACCAUGCGGUCCUACUUUGAUGUGUUGGGGACACCCCCAGUCACUCAGUCGUCGGUCCUUGGGACCAAUGUGGAACCCGCCGUGAGAGGAUUUCUAGAAAUCCAAGUUGUACAAGCAGGCUAUAAACGUAUAGACCUGAACAAAUGGCUGAAGGCUACGCCUGUAGCCACACUUGAGGAUCUCUUGAUUCAACAGUAUGCCGAUCCACAUGCUGCAGCAAAAGCAAGACUUAAGCUUGAUAAACUCAAGCACAACAAGUGGACUGGCACCAUGCAAAGUCUGCAGCAGUAUGUCAGUAAGCUCUUUGCUACUCCCAAUUUGGAAAUAACUGCACAAUCUUGCUUGGAUGUGAUAAAAGCAACGGUCCCCUCUGCUGAAAUUCGUCGCCUGGGCCUCAAACUCGCGGAAUAUACAAAUUGGCUUUCCCUCAUGCGGGAUAUAGUCAAGCUGGAGGCACAAGACCUCCUGGGUGGAUCGAGUGGCAAAAGAGCCCUUGGUCGCAAACGGUUUUUUGGCAGCAACCGUUUAGCAGCACACGAUCUGCUAGAGGAUGACGAGGAGAUCCUCGCAGACAACCCUUCUUUUGAUGACCAUCAAGAGCAAGGUUGUGAGGCAUCAUGCUCUUCGUCAGCCCACGAGUCUGAGUUGGUGAAUGAUGAGGAAUCCAUGAAUGCCUUUAAGAAGACUGCCUUUAAAAACAAGGGACCGAGGACCACAAUGAAGAACAACACUAACACUAUCCUUCUUCCCAAGGGAGCAAAGAUUCCACCUAAACCGGAAGAUCCUGCCACAAAAUCGUGGGUAGAUUUCCGGAUCAGUGAAAAUUCUUCUUUGGAUUCUGAUCCCACUCAGCAAACCUCUCCUGAAACCCCAUCUGAUGCUGAUUCCAAGGCUGAGAAGAUCCAUAUCCUGUACCAGGAGCCUUGGGUAGAGCCGGAAGAAAUUGACUUCCAUGCUCUGUUGACACGCUGGGCUCACAUGAAGCAAGAACGCGCGCAAGGGAGGAUGAAGCUGAUUUUCUUCAAACUCUACAUUAAUGGCCGUUACAUCCGUGUGUUGGCUGAUUGUGGCGCAACCGCCAACUACUUCUCACCGCACGGCAUUCGUAAGGCACUCUUGGGGAUGAAGCAAGUGACUUUGCAGAAUCCUUGUCGGACCCAGGUGGGCAACCAAGAGGUUGUCACUUCUACGCAUGCAGUCAAAGGUGUGCGCACUACCUUUGACGCUGAUCGCAUUAUUACGCAUGAGUUGAACUUCUAUGUCCUUGAUCAGUGCCCCUUCGACGCGGUUAUUGGCUUGGGCUGGUUGCAGGCCCAAUGUGAAAGAACCACGUGGAAGUACUCACAAUUCAUGGUCAAAGAUGCCACGGGAAUCGAGCGUCCAGUCCUCUUGGAUGAGCCGCGCGAGUUUGUGGCUGAGUGUGAAGUUUGUCAACGCAUUAAACCGUCUCGGCAAAAGCCUUAUGGGCUGCUGCACCCUCUUCCUAUUCCUGACGGUCCGGGGGAGUCUGUUUCUAUUGACUUCACGGACAUGGGGAAGAAGAGCAGAAACGGUUAUUCCCAAGUUAUGGUGAUUGUCRAUCGUUUUUCGAAGUUUUUGAAUCUGAUYCCACUACCACCUCACGCCCCAACUGACCUUGUKAUCAAAGAGUUUCACAAAAGAUACAUUCUGCAGUGUGGGCCCCCGAAAACUCUUGUGAGUGACCAGGACACUAGGUUCAUAAGCGCAGAAUGGAAGGACUUCACCUCCCAGGUCUAUGACAUGAAACUCAAGAUGACAUCUAGUCGACAUCCCGAAGGCAAUGGACUGGCCGAGGAGAUAAACCAGACUGUGAUCCAACUUCUUCGAGCCUUAAUUGUGCCUGAUCAGAACUCUUGGGAUGAGGAAUUGCCGAAUGUGCAAGGGUUGUACAACAACUCCAUCCACUCCUCCACCGGUAUGACUCCUAACCGGCUGCAUCUUGGAUGGAAAAUUCGCAAUCCUCUAUCCUACCUGUUCCCUGAACAGCCUCGUGGUUUGACACCUGGCCAGCCAGGCUACAGCGCUAAGUACGAUCGGUUGCUCAAGGUUGCUGUCGCAGCUAUGGAAAGGCGACGCAGUGCCAUGAUCAAACACGCAAACAAGAAGCGCCAGCCUACGCCUUUCACAGUGGGAAGUUAUGUCUGGGUCAAGAUGUCUGAGUUCUCCGAAGAGGAGGGUGUGUCAAGAAAACUUCUCCCUCAGUACUACGGUCCGUGGAAGGUCUUGAACCAGAUUCAUGACAAGGCGCAGUGGCUGCUUCAGUGUGAGUCUCAAGUGCCUUAUGGUAUUGCAGGUAAGGUUUCGAACGAUUCCGCAUUGAAAAGACAAUGCGACCGCUAUAUGACAGACAAUGAAGGUGUUCGGUGGACUCAUAACGAGUUGCUUGGGAUGUUGAACAAGAAGGAGGCGGAAGUGACUGCCCUGAGGAGUGCAUUCACAAAAAUUGAGGUGAAUGCACGAUCAGUGCUUGAAAGUUUCCUGGAAAGGAAACGAAGUGAAGAGGUGAGAGAUUGCUCUUUGUCCAGUAGUGUGGAUGCGAAGAAGGAGGAUGAUGUUGGCGAGGAUAUUGCCAGCCAACUUAGGUUUUUAAUUCAAUCCUCCAUUAGAAAGUACUUGCUUGACCAAAUUGCUGAGCUUAGUACUAAAGUUGAUCCGCAUGUGUCCAAAGAGUACCUUCCGCCGGAAGCGUUGAACGGGAGAAAGUUAGUCAUAAAUCCGGAUGCCAUUCCUGAUGGGGAACAUGCAAGGCGUUAUAACCGUCCUAUGGUUUUACAUGAGAUGUGUGUUCUGAUGGUCGAUGAACUCCUUCCUCUCGAGUUCGAGAUUCGUUUGCGUACUCCUCUUCCUGGUGAGUGGCAGACGGUUGUGGUUCCGAAAUGUUCUCGAGCGCACGACUGCUUAAGCGACUCCCGAAUGUCGCACAAGUAUGACACUCGUGCUAAGAGGAAAGCAAUGACAACCAACAAUACCACUCAAUACGAUACGAAUGUUACAUCAAAAGCUGAAGCUGAAGAUUCGGAGACGUCCAAGAAAAGUGGAAGUGAUGAAAGGUCGGUGAAUCUUGGAAGUGAACAUCCUCGGGACGAUCAUCCUGUUGUUGGUGAGGUUGAACGUGGAUGUUCGCAAGGGAAUACCCUUGAUGAUGCUGAGAAGAUGGUUGUGGAGGGGGAUGGUGAUGAUUGUCGUGCUGAUGGGGAUGGUUCGUGUAGAGGCUUGCAUAAUGUGAUUCCAUUACGGGCAGCACUUUGGAAGAGCAUCAGACAGCUGAAGCUAGUCAAUUGUACCACAGGACAUAAAUGGCACAGAGAGUGGGGCUUCCAAGUGGAGGAGGUAGAAAAGUGGGGUGAGGUGGAGGAGGAGUUCAUUAUGACGGGACUGACCAUAGAGUUGCUGUUAAAGCUGUUUAACUUGAAAAAGUUCGACUUCACAAAGAUUGACAUAGAAGGGUCGGAGAAGGAAUUGUUCACAAGGUCAGAGACAAACUCCUUGAAAUGGAUGAAUAAUACGGCGCUUUUCAUGGUUGAAGUGCACAACUCCAUGCGAGCAGGAGCUCAGGCAGCUGUAGAUGGGAUAUUUAGGGCUGGUGAUGGCAAGUUUAAGCUCCUCAAGGACUAUGGAAUGUUCCAGGCAUGGACCAACGCUGCCUUAAGUGAUCCCAAAAUGAGGGAAAACAACAUCCUUUAGCAUGGUGUACAAACACGUACGUAUGUGACAUUGACCUGCAUGUGCGAGGUCGGUCAGUGUACCUGGAAUGUGGUGGUGGUGGGACCGUGGAUGAUUCCCCUCUUCUGUCAGGGGUCAAGAAGGAAGUCCGCACAAGACUGGAGACAAACACCUCGAAAUGGAUGGAUAAUACGGUGCCUUCCAUCAUUGACCUGGGAUGCAUGACUCCUUGCUGCGUUUAGGGCUGGGGAUGGCUGGGUAAUACGGUGCUCAGGCAACCGUAAAUGAUUUUUAAUGAAACCCGGUUUAGAGCUGGUGAUCGUAAGCUCAAAGACUACAGAAUGUUCCAGGCAUCGACCCAUGGCACCUUGAAGAAUCCCGAAGUAUAGAAAGAGGAUGUGCUUUAGCAUGAGGUACCAGUAUGUAUGUAUGUAACAUUGAACUGCGUCUGAGGGGUAGGUGUACCUGGAAUGCGGUGGCUGUGAGACCAUGGAUGAUUCUUCUCUUCUAUGCUUGUGCAGGUACGGAUACGGCCUACUUAAUGUAAAUGGCGGUUUCAGUGCCCGGAAUUUUGAGACUCAGCUUCUCAAGCACUACAGUGCAUUCUAGUGUGGAUCAUGUGGUGUCCUCAGCAACUAGAUGGAAACGGGAUAAAACAUGAAGGAAGUG